UUCCUGCUGUCUGAGCUGUCAGCCACGUCACCUCCUCUGAUCCAACUUUCCUCUUGGACCGUCGCACGCGUAUUUGAAUCUGUGAGCGGAGUCAAUACACAUUUGACCUGUCCGUCUGCAUGCGUUUCGACAACAGGCCAACGAGCGCUCGGACAAAGUGGGGGUCUUUUUAGCAUUUUAUCUGGUCUCAUUGUUUUUGGCACGCACGGAGUUUGUGUUUGCUUUUUGGGGCCGAACAACUCUGCCCAGUCUCCCGAGGACGUGUACGGCCUUUAAGGUGUUGUAUUCAUUCUUGUAGUUGAAGCAGGAAGGUACAUAAACAGCAUGAAUGUCUUCCGUCUGGCGGGUGACGUGUCACAUCUGGUGGCUAUCAUCAUCCUGUUACUGAAGAUAUGGAGGUCCAGGUCCUGUGCUGGCAUCUCCGGGAAGUCUCAGGUGCUGUUUGCACUUGUUUUCACCACCAGGUACCUUGACUUGUUCACAGUCUUCAUUUCUGCUUACAACAUGGUCAUGAAGGUGGUGUUCCUGGCUAUGUCCUAUGCUACUGUGUACCUGAUCUACAUGCGCUUCAGGAACACAUAUGACUCGGAGAAUGACACGUUCCGUGUGGAGUUCCUGUUGGUGCCAGUCAUUGGACUGUCGUUCCUAGAGAACUAUGCUUUCACCCCGAUGGAGAUCCUUUGGACCUUCUCCAUCUUCCUGGAGGCGGUAGCCAUAAUGCCACAGCUCUUCAUGAUCACCAAGACCGGUGAGGCGGAGUCCAUCACCACCCAUUACCUGUUCUUCCUGGGCUUCUACCGAGCCCUCUACAUAGCCAACUGGGUGUGGCGUUACCACACAGAGGGCUUCUUUGACCAGAUCGCAGUGGUGUCAGGUGUCGUGCAGACCAUUUUCUACUGUGAUUUCUUCUACCUUUACGUCACAAGGGUGCUUCGAGGAAGAGGAAAGAUGAGCCUGCCGAUGCCUGUUUAAAACGGACACAUGCGCCGCACAGCCACCCAUCUGUGCCUACUACAGCUCCGCAUCUGAACACAGACCUUGCCCUUCAACUGUACAUGUAUUUAGCAAUGGGACUAAUGGUCUGACAUCAUUCUGUAGACCAAAAUGAGUGACCCUCUAGAAAUUGAAUUUUUGUCCGACUGGUAAUUUGUGUGUGAGCGUGUGUGUUUGCGAGUGCGCGUAUGCAUAUGUAUGCAUGAGGGUUCUGUUGUGGUUUGUGAUGUUGUGGCUCAGUUUGUGAUGUAUGUUUGUUUUUAUUUUUAUUUUUUCCUUCUUCUUCAUAAGAUACAUAUGUGCCACGUGAAAUGUGUCCCUGAUGUGUAUGUGGAACUUAAAUUCAGGCAAGUGAGUAACAGUACGGAAACUGUGUAUCUGUCCUUACUUUUGCCCUUUUAGGUACUGAGAGACCCUUUGGUUUGGGAGACUGAUAGAAUGUUGAAUCCACAAAAAUGUACCUGAGGUUGGCUGUAGCAAUUUUGUCCAGCACUCAGUCAGAACAUGUGUAGCUUUAGUUUCUACACAGUACAGAUACAGAUCUAGUGUUUCCUGUGUUAAAGCUGUAAGAGAGCCCAGACAUUCAUGUCAAAGGUUCCUACACUUUAUCCAAUCACCACCACAUUUGACAAAGUCAUUUACAGUAAUUGCAAAUACUGUACUCUUUAAUCUUCCACAAAGUGUCUUCUUCUAAGGUUCUAUAAUAUUAGACACUCCCUAAAUAGCUUACUGUAUUAUGUGCAAACGUUUUUUUUCCUUAUUACUACGUUUCUUAACUUUUAGUAUUUCCUUUUCAUCGUUUCCUUUUUGUAUUUCAGUGUAUUACUUCAUUGGAGAAAAAAGGGCUAAAAAUUUUGUCAUUUCAUUAAUGAAGCCAAAGAUGGAGCAGUAAACUGCUGUUACAUUUGAGUUAAAGAAAUUUGUCUUUGUCUUUCCAAGGUCAUUACCUUGACUGAAUUGUCUUGUUGUAUCAUGGGUAAGAAUGGGAAAAUGGCAAUGGAGUGUCUUGAGUAAAAGAUUACAUUGACAAAAAGAUAGACACUUUCAAAUGUGUUACUGGCAGAGAGUUGAAUUGCACACAAUUUUUAUGACAUUACUUUUAUUAUACCAUGUGAAUUCUCUCAAUUCAAAGGUGUGGCUUGGUUCUUUGUAGCCAGUCCACAUGGACUGAAACAUACCAGGAUGUUUAACUUAUAUAGGACCCAUACACAUAAGCACACACAAGUACAUAAAUACAUGCGUUCUUAUUUAACAGUAAGGUCUAAAAGUGCUGGUGCAUUCGGCCGAUGAUGAAGAAAGACUGUUAGCAUUAGAUGUAUCAUACACAAUGGAAAGCGAAAAGUGAAUUUUUCUUCC